CUGUAGUGCCAGCAGUUGUCAUUUUUUGUUAUCAAAAUUAGUGUAUCUGUUUAUUUUUAUUUGUGGAUCUUGAGCUGCUUAUUUUGCUAAAAUUCAAUACAAAUUAAUUCGAUCCCUUAUAACUGAUUGAAGCUUAUGUUUACAAUAACGGACUUUUACAUUUGUGCCUAUUUGUUGCAGUAUAAUAACUGAAAUAUUAGAUAAAAAUGGAUUCGUUCUUCAGCCUGUUUGAUCCCAACAAUGGGAAUGAAAGUCCAGGGAGUGAGGACUUCGACAGACAAAAUGCUUUACCUCCAGAACCUCAAGUUGGUAAUAUUGAGUAUAAGCUUAAAAUUGUGAAUCCAACAAAGCAGCGAUUUGAUCAUCUAGUUACACAACUCAAAUGGCGUCUACGUGAAGGAAAUGGUGAAGCCAUUUAUGAAAUUGGAGUAGAAGACAGUGGAAUAUUGACUGGAUUAACAGCAAAUGAUAUGACAGCCAGUCUGCAAUCUCUCAAGCAGAUGGCACUAGACUUAGGUGCCACAACAACUCUUUUGAGGGAAAAACUUUUAGACAAUAACCGUAGUGUAGCUGAGGUACUUGUCCGUAAAAUUCCUGAUGAUCAGAACAAUAUAGAAAUUAGGGUAGCAGUUCUUGGCAAUGCAGAUGCUGGAAAAAGUACAAUACUGGGUGUUCUGACACAAGGAAUUAUGGACAAUGGUCGUGGACGUGCGAGGCUUAAUAUGUUUCGUCACCUACACGAAAUCCAUAGUGGCCGCACCUCCUCUAUUUCUCAUGAAAUUUUGGGAUUCAACUCUGAAGGACAAUCUAUUAACUACAACUCAAGUGAACUUAUAACUGCUGAAGAAAUUUGUGACAGUUCCACUAAACUUGUAACUUUUUUGGAUUUGGCUGGUCAUAAAAAAUAUCUAAGGACAACUAUUCAAGGGCUUUCUGGCUAUUCACCACAUCAUGCUAUGCUUGUUAUUUCCAGUGCAGCAGGUGCUGUAGGCAUGGCCCACGAGCAUCUCGCUAUUGCAGUUGCUCUAAACGUCCCAUUUUUCAUUGUCAUAACGAAAAUUGACUUAGUUGAUCCAGCCAAUACUUUACAAAAUCUUGAAUCAUUUAUAAAACAAGUGGGGAGUCGGCGAGUGCCAUUAAUUAUAGAAAAUAUUGAUGACGUUAUAACUGCAGGGGCUAAUCAACUGACAGAAAAUGUGGUACCGAUAUUUUGCGUUUCAAGUGUUUCUGGACAGGGACUAGAGCUACUCACCAGAUUUUUAUAUGUUUUACCACCAGGAAGUAGCUCUAAAGAAAAGGAAAGACUUGAACAGGAACCCCCAGAGUUCUAUAUCGACGAAAAUUUCCGAGCUGGACACGUAGGCCAAAUCCUAGGCGGUCUAUUAACUAAAGGUGUCGUAACAGAAGGUACUUUGAUGCGUAUCGGACCAAUGAAAGAUGGGUCUUUUCAAGAGGUCAGUGUAAAAUCUAUACAUAGGAAUAGGGUUCCUUGCAGGAUGGUUCGAGCAGGCCAAAGUGCAGCAAUUUGCUUGAAUAUUUACAUCCCAAACCUUCGUAAUGGUAUGGUAUUAGUUUCACGAGAAGAGAAGCCAUCUGGUUCACUUUUUUUUCAAGCAAGCAUAUCGGUUCUCUUUCAUGAAACAGCAAUCUAUCCUGGAUUUCAGACUACAGUGCAUAUUGGAAAUAUUAGGCAAACAGUAAUAGUUAUGGCUAUUUUUUCUUCUAAAUGUAUCCAUACAAAUGAACAGGAUUCAGUUAUGUUAAAAUUCAAAAAUCAACCUGAAUAUGUGACUGUAGGUCAGAGAAUACUCUUUCGGAAUGGUGCUGGAAGGGGAAUCGGGGAAAUCACUCAAGUAUUUCCCCUGAAAAAUGUCCAUGACUAAAAAUCGUUUUUUUUUUCUUGCUUAGGUGUGUAGGUUUUUGAAUGGGCUCUGGGACUGUAUAAUCAGUAAAAAGAAAUAAACAAAAUAAGCAAAAAACAAAAAAAAAAAGUCAAUAUUUUAAAAAGAAGCUGCCUAUGAUAGCUCUGAUUAGGCAUGGAGCACAAGUUUAAUUUAAUCCAAACCUGACUGUUUGAAUGAGUAAGAAGACAUUGUUGACUAGAUCACAAACUCUGAAGUACAAAAUAGAUCAUUAUUUGUACCUUAGUAUAGGUGUUCAAAUCUAAUCAGUUUAAGGACAUUUGUUUAUACAGGGUUCGUCUAUGAAGUAUCGCAUAUCAACAGCUUAUAACUCAAAAACAAGAAAGGUUUUUCUGAACUUUCUAGGUUUUCUUACGCUGUUGCCAAGUCUCAAUUUUUUUUUUUUAAUCAUUGAACAAAAAUAGAUCUUUUUUGAAUGCAGAUCAAGGGCACAUUUCGAAUGGAACUUCCUGUGUCUCUAAGCUCAUUCUAGCCUGAACCUUCCACAUAAUAAAAAUGUAUGGUUUGUUACAUAUAUUCAGAAUAUUUCUUCUGUAAUUUUGUUGAUUUACCUAUCAGAAUGUGACUGUGACAGGAGAAAUAUUCUGAGAAACUAAAUUAUACUAGGGGAAGGAUCAGGCUUUAAAAUAAAUAUUAGGGAAUACCUACAUUUGAAAAAGAUGUUUUUUUCUGAAAAAAAAAGUUGAGACUUGCCAACAAUGUGAACAAAAACUUGAAGCAAAUGUAAGAAGAAGUUCAGUGAAAACCGCAUUUCAACAUCUUUUCUCGUUUUUGAGUUACAACCCGUUAAAAUGUGACAUUGUAGAGAUGGACAGUAUCAAAUAUAAUAAAUUUUUGGUUGUUAAAACUUUUCUAUUCAUGGUUAGACAAUAAAAAUCAGAUGAGAAGAAUAAUCAAAAUAUUCUAGUCCCUUUCGUUAUUAUUUAUGCACUCUGUAUAUCCACUAUUUAUGAGUCAGUAUAAAGCCAAAAAAUAUUUUCAUAAAUAAAUAUUAAUUUGUAUGUGAUGUUUUUGUUUAAAGUAGAUUGAGUAAUUUUGAAUUAUCAAAAUUUAUUUUAAUUGUUUGUAGAUGGGGUUUAAAUUUUUGAGUGUAGUAAUUUUGACAAUAUUUCUGUAUUUAAAAAAUACCUAAUACCUAAAAAAGCCUAAGCCUAAGCAUGUUUGUAUGUGAUGUUUCAACGCUUUAAUUUUGAGUUUUUUCGAAAGAAUUUUUUUUUUUUUGUUUUCAAUUUGGUGUACCUAUGUAUAUAUUUAGUUACUUAUAAAUAAAUCAGUUUGACUGAGCUUUUAUUCACACACGCACAAAUUUGAUGCUGAGUGAACUUGCUCUGAAAAAUGCUAACUGUGAUGUAGGUAUAUAGAGUAGUUUUUCAGUAUUAAUUGUGAAAUAAUGUUUUUUAAUGUGUUAACAUUGCUAAAUAAUCUCUUAUUUAUUACAGGAAAAAUGUUAAUUUGGAUCUCUAUAAAAUAAAUUUAUUUAAUUUAUCA